AGGUCAAAAAUGUGGCUCGUACUGCUGCUGGCAGCACGACCACUGUGGGCCGCACUGGACACUGCUGCUGUGAUCGCCAUCCAAAAUGAGAUCAACAAGCACGCGACCGAGUUGGAAAUGCUCCUCGAGCAUAUCAAAAAUUUGAAUGCACGGGUUAGUGAUCUCGGGCGCCCUGGGCCACCAGGUGUCAACGGAUCACCAGGCUUCCCCGGAUCGAAGGGCGAGAAGGGCGAUGCGGGGUUACCAGGUAAUAUUCUUUUACGACUUUCAUCACAUUUCAAAGGUAAACCUGGUAAGGAUGGUAUGCAAGGAAUCCCGGGCGUCAAAGGGGAACCUGGACCAAUGGGUCCCACUGGAAUGAAAGGUGAUAAGGGCAGCACGGGCUACCCAGGACAAAAAGGAGAGAUAGGAGCUGCUGGAACGCCAGGCAGCAAAGGUGAUACGGGUCUGCCAGGAAAAAUAGGUGAGCCAGGCACAUCCGGAAUACCGGGUGCAAAAGGAGAGAAAGGGGCCGAAGGUAUGCCAGGAACUCCUGGACAACCAGGGCCCCCUGGAUGGCCGGGAAUCAAAGGAGAUGAUGGGCUGAAUGGGCGCCCAGGAUCUCCUGGAUUUCCCGGCAAGAAGGGCGAGCCCGGAUUGGCCGGUAUUCCCGGUGCUCCUGGCGUUAUCGGAGAGCGCGGACUACCUGGAGCACCGGGUCCGCAGGGCAUGAUGGGACCGAUUGGGCCACCAGGAAAGAUUGGACUACCUGGCUCUAGGGGCCCGGAGGGCAUCCCAGGUCUCCCUGGCCAGAAAGGCGAAACUGGCAAAGAUGGUUUGCCUGGCUUACCUGGAUGGCUAGUAAAUGACAAAGGUUACUGCAUACUUGCGCUCGGAAAUUGUCCACCAUCCUUUACCCAAAUUGGAGCUUACCAGGUAUGCGUAUCGCGUUUUCUUGUUCACAUAUUUUUAGAAAGCUAAAA